AUCCAUUUGUAACAACCCAUCCCCCCUUCACACCAAAUUCAUUGUAACAUAUUUUCAUUUCAUUUGCAAAAAAUAAAAAAAUUAUGUCUCAAUCAGAUGAAUCAUCAUCAUCAACAACAACAACAGGAGCAGAGGAUACAGGAGGAGGAGGGGAAAUAAUGUUAUUUGGGGUGAGAGUGAAGGUUGAUCCCAUGAGAAAAAGUGUUAGUAUGAACAAUCUUUCUCAAUAUCAUCAUCUUUUACCCUCAAUAAUUAUUAAUAACAAUAAUAAUAUGGAUGUUAAUAAUGUUGCCGCUGAUACUGGCUACGCCACCGCCGAUGAUGCAGUUCGCAACCAAUCUAAUCCUACCAAAGACCGUAAACGAGGAGUGCCAUGGACCGAAGAUGAACACAAGUUGUUUCUACUAGGAUUGCAGAAAGUCGGAAAAGGAGAUUGGAGAGGGAUUUCACGGAAUUUUGUUAAAACAAGAACACCUACACAGGUUGCGAGCCAUGCUCAGAAGUACUUUCUUCGCAAGACUAAUCUCAAUCGUCGCCGUAGGAGAUCUAGCCUAUUUGACAUCACUGCUGACCUGGUUACUCCAAUGUCAGUAGAAGAACAAGUUCAUGAAGAUAACCAAGGUCAACCUAUUGUGCAACCAUCAAUGCCAUCUUCACAACAGAUAUUUCCUCUAAGUGGAUUCCCGGCUACAACCUUCCCUAGCAGCCCAGUUCUACAACCAAUAGAUCUUCAGAAUCCAGUGCAAAUGAUUACCUUCAAAAACGAUAAUCAAGUCAAUAACUCCUCAAUGCAACCAAGAAUGGACCUUAACUUAAAUCAGAAAUACGAAACAGAAGUGUUACCCGUGUCUCUGAAUCUUUCUCUAUCGUUCGACCAAAAUCAAUCGGUUCAUUAUCAAGUGGUCCCAGGCUUCAAAAGUGGAGAUAAUAUGAUCAGUGUUAAUUAAAUUUCCCAAAGACUCAAAAGAGCAGAAACAAUAAGAAUUGUUGACGUCAAUCAAGUAGUUAGUUAUUGACUUAUAAUUAAGUCCUUUGUUAAGUGUCUAUUUAAAUUUUGGUAUGUUGUUGUAUGUUACCCACUUCCAUAAUUGUUUUGUAACUGGAGAAAAAAUGGAAAUAGAUACACAAUAUCAGUUCCA